AUGUUUGAAUUAACUAAAUUAGUUCGUCCGAAUAUCUUAUCAUUAGAACCAUAUAGAUGUGCAAGAGAUGAUUUUAAAGUUGGUAUUUUACUAGAUGCAAAUGAAAAUACACAUGGACCAGCAUUAUCAGAAUUAUCAGAAACUGAAAAAAUCUUGGAAUUAAAUAGGUAUCCAGAUCCACAUCAACACGAAUUAAAACAACAAAUUAUAAAUUUUAGAAAUUCAAAACCUAACAAGUAUACUGAAACAAAUUUAGAAAUUGAUAAUUUAUGUCUUGGUGUUGGAUCUGAUGAAAGUAUAGAUAUGUUAUUAAGAUGUUGUUGUACCCCAGGUAAAGAUAAAUUAUUAGUAUGUCCACCAACUUAUGGAAUGUAUGGAAUUUGUGCUACUAUAAAUGAUAUUGAAAUUGUUAAAGUAUCGUUAACUAUUCCAAAUUUUCAAAUUGACAUAGAUGCAAUUUUACAAAAAGUCACUGAAGAUUCAAAUAUUAAAUUGCUAUACUUAACAUCUCCUGGUAAUCCAACGGGGAAAUUAAUCAAUGUUGAUAGUAUAGUGGAAUUACUUAAGCAAAGUUAUAGUAAAUGGAAUGGAUUAAUAGUUAUAGAUGAAGCAUAUAUUGAUUUUACUGCUCCAAAUGGAUCAUACAGUCAAUCAAUGUCCACAUUGGUAAAUCAAUACCCUAAUUUGGUAGUGUUACAAACAUUAAGUAAAUCAUUUGGGUUGGCAGGUAUAAGAUUAGGUAUAACAUACAGUAACAAAAAAUUAUCAAAAUUAUUAAAUUCAAUGAAAUAUCCAUAUAAUAUAUCAUCAUUAACUUCAAACGUAGCGUUGAAAGCCACAGCAAAAGAAGGUUUAGCAAUGAUGCAAAAUUAUGUUGACAAGAUAGUAGAACAAAGAUCAAUAGUGUUGAAGAAAAUAUUGGACUUAAAAUACGUUGGAAAAAAUUUAGGAGGUGAAGAUGCAAAUUUUAUAUUAGUUGAAAUACUUGACAAGAAUGGAAACCCAUCAAAUGAAAUUGCAUCAAAAUUAUAUAAUACUUUAGCUGUUGAUAAUUCUGUUGUUGUUAGAUUUAGAGGUAAUGAAUUAAAUUGUACUGGUGGGCUUAGAAUUUCAAUAGGUACUGAAAUUGAAAAUAAAGAAAUGCUAUAUAAAUUUGAAAAAGUUUUGAAUGAAUUGAAUGCUUAA